AUGCUUAAGAAGUUUAUUGGUUGUUCAAGAAAAGACUUAGUAGGAAAAUCUGGUUUUGAUCGUGGUUGCUUCAACUCUUCACUUUAUAAUAGAACAAUUGUUUCGGGGCUUGCUGCUGCAAGAAUCCUCUAUGAUGCAUCUUUCAAUAAUCACGAGAUAGACUUGGUGGUCGUAUUCAUACUUGACUAUUCAUUUGGUUAUCCGGUGGAUUUGGGAGCAUCAUGGCAAGAAGGACUUGCAAAUGAAGUGUUGCAAUGGUACAUAUGUAGAAUGGAAACUUGGUUUGCAGUUGAUGCAGAUAUGAUAUCACUGAAACGUGGGAUCAGGCAAGAGCAUGUCCUUUCUGGUGGGCGUGGACUUAUGGUACAAGGUUAUAUUCCUGUAAUAAAAGAUCUUGCAAAAGACAUUAACAUAUGCUUGUCAUAUAGGGUAACAAAAAUAUGCUACGGGCCUAAUAAGGUGAUGGUCAUGGUUGAGGAUGGAAGGAACUUUAUAGCUGAUGCUGCUAUUGUUACAGUACCCAUUGGGAUUCUAAAAGCCAAUUUAAUUCAGUUUGAACCCAACUUGCCAGAUUGGAAAGUUGCUGCAAUUUCAGAUAUCGGUGUUGGCAGUGAAAAUAAGGUUGCAAUCAAAUUUGAUGAAGUAUUUUGGCCAAAUGUGGAAUUCUUGGGUAUUGUCACACCGACUUCUUAUGCUUGUGGUUAUUUUCUCAAUCUUCACAAGGCAACUGGCUAUCCUGUACUGGUCUAUAUGGCCGCUGGUAGGUUUGCAUAUGAUCUUGAGAAGCUAUCUGAUGAGUCUGCUGCAAAUUUUGUGAUCUUACUUCUGAGGAAAAUGUUUCCCGAUGCAACAGAGCCGGUUCUGUAUCUUGUUUCGCGUUGGGGAACAGACCCAAACUCACUCGGUUAUUCUGCAUAUAAUUUGUUCUGGAUGACUAAGUCAGGAGAUGUGUACGAGAGGCUUUGUGCACCCUUGGGAAGUCUUUUCUUUACUGGGGAAGCUGUUAGCAUGGAUCAUCAGGGAUCUGUGUACGGAGCUUACUCAGCUGGUGUCAUGGCUGCCGAGAACUGUCAAAGGCAUGCAUUAGAGAAUCUUGGUCACCUGGAGAAGCUCCAACUUGUACCUUUAAGGUGUGAACUUCAUGAAGCGGCAUUUCCCCUUCAAAUCUCAAAAAUGUAA